AUGCUGCCCGUUGCCAGGGGAGAUAACCCGGCUAGGAGCACUCACAGUAAAGGCCCUGCCAAGAAGAAGCAGAGAGAGGCUCUGACGGACACAAGUGGCUCCGACAGCAGGCCUGUAGCCAAAACACAGGUUCCAGUGGGCAAGCACAGCAAGGGUUCCAGAGGGAACCUCAAGAUUAGUGGAACAACACGCGGCAAGGGGCUUCGAAAGAGUGGUGGUCGGGAGCCGCUGCCCAGCCAUCUGCGUGACCUGCAUCAAGCUGCCCUUGAGGAGCCCAAGUCUCCCCUCCACAAUGAUGCACCAGAUGGAGAGAGAAAGGGAGCUGCUGCGAAGAACGGAGCUGGCAGUGAAAAUGAGGUCGGCAGUGAGGAGAGUGGGGCUGGCCCAGGGAGCCAGGCCAAAACGGGAGGCAAGGCCAUUCAGUUGGUCGUGUAUGAGGAUCCGCGCAAGAGAAAGCGACAGAAGGAGAAGCCACAAGUGGCUAAGGAGAAUGGCACGAAGCAGACUGCAGAGGUGGCCAAUGUACCCAGCAGUGACCAAGAGACUGGGUUCAGCAUUGAAAAGGCCAGGCUGGAGGUGCACAAGUUUGGGCUCACGGGCUACAGUCGCGAGCGGCAGCGCGAGUGUGAGCGCGCGCGCGCCAUUCGCCUGGGCGCAAAGCCACCCAAGCCUGAGUAUAUCAACUACAAGGAGCUCCUGAACCGGAAGCGACAGCAGAAGGAGGAGGCGGAGAAAAGGCACAGAGAAGAGGCGGAGAGUGGGGUAUUCAAUAAGAAGAAGAAAGGGAGAAGACAUGUGGAGAGCAAGCGGGGGUGGCACGACGACCUCGGGGUGGAGGGCAUGCCUGGCCGCUUCCGUGGAGGUGCGCUGCUGCUGAGCAAGGAGGACAUCCGUCGCAUCCAGACUGGCCGCUCUUAGCACAGCCAUCGCUUUCCUCUGCACCCCAGGACCACCUGAGUCUCUAGCUCUGAACUCUAAAGCUAUGCAGGGUGGAGUGUGGCUAAUGCCUAUGUAAUAAAGGUCGUUGAGGCGA